AUGGCCGAUAACAACGAACAACAGCCGCAAGUGGCCGCCAACAUCGCCUCCAGCAAAGCCUCUCCGUGGUAUUUCAAUGAUAUUGACACCCUGACCCCGCAGUCAAGGGACCUCUUGGAGACGUACAGCGGCAUUCCACCGGAGGAGGUUGAGGCUCAUGUGAAGGAAGUGUUUCCUUACCCAUGCAUUGGAACGUUCCGCUUCCUCGAUCUCGCCAUGUACAAAGAGCCCUACUACCCGGAGGUCCUCUCGCGCGUCAAGAACGGCGAAAAGUUGCUCGACCUAGGUUGCUGCUUCGGGCAAGAACUCCGCAAACUCAUCCACGACGGCGCCCCGCCCACCUCCCUCUACGGCAGCGACCUCCGCCCGGAAUUCCUCUCCCUCGGCCACGCCCUCUUCCUCGACUCCUCCUCGCUCCCCACCUCCCCGCACUUCAUCGCCGCCGACAUCUUCGCCGACCCCGACCCUUCCACCUCGCCGCUCCACCAGCAGCUCGCGGGGACCCUCUCCAUCAUCCACGCCUCGGCCUUCUUCCACCUCUUCUCGCGCGCCGACCAGCUGCGCGCCGCCGAACGCGCCGUCGCGCUCCUCAAGCCCGAGCCCGGCGUCGUCGUCGUCGGCGCGCAGAUCGGCUCGCCGACGCCGGGCGUGGCGAGGAGCUGGGUGAGGAGAGGGGGGGAUGAAGGGAAGCGGACGGAGAGGUUCGAGCACGAUGCGAGGAGUUGGGGGGAGUUGUGGGAGGAGGUGGGGGCGAGGACGGGGACGAGGUGGGAGGUGGUGGAGGCGAGGCUGACGAAGGUGGAGGAGAGGAAUGUUAGUCCGGAGCUGUUGAAGAUGGUGGGGGAGAAGGGCCUGCAUUGGCUUAGCUUCUGGGUUAAGAGGGUUGAGUGA